UCUCAAAACAAUCAAAACUCCAAAAUCCCUCCCUGCCUCCCUCCACAUUUCUGCAAAUCCAUCCAUGUCCUAACCCUAAAACACUAACUCUCUCUUUCGCUCCCCGCCCAGACUCGCUAUGCAAACUCACUCCUCCAACACGCAACUCGCCCUCAUCGACUCGCUCGCCACCGCCACUACCUCCACCGAGUCCGAUUUGCAAGAGAAGGCAUGGCACAUAAUCGGUCUCCUCCUCUCAAUCGGCAACCCAACUCCAGCUCUAGAGCUCGCAUCUCACUGCACACUCUUCAAUGCAUCACCGGAUCUCAUCGAGUCUCUCUGCUCAAUCCCUAACUCACCUAUCACUUUAACGUUCAACAGUGACGACUGUGGCAAUAGCUUCCUGGUCACCAUUUCUCCACAUGGUCUUUUCGCUUUGAAUCAAUUCGUAUCUAAUCUCAGCUUGAUUGAGGCGUUUGCUACUGGGAUCCGGACUGCAAUCUGCAGGCCCAAGGUUCCUUUGGAGGACGUUGUGAGGAUGUAUUUUAGGAAACGGAAGCGAAUUGGAUAUGAUCCUGCAGAUGUAUACCAGAAGGAACAAGGAGUUUCUACUUCGUCGAAAAGAAUUCGAAAUGGUUGCAAGACGUUAGCUUUUCACUUAAGUGAGGAUGCCAACAGGAUUAAUGUUGAGCCAACUUACAUGCCAAUCCAGCCAGAUAACUUGAUUCUUGCACCUGACUUGCUCGUUAAAACCAUAGCGGGUGAAUUAAGUUACAAAUUAGGGGAUAUCGAAUAUGUAGAAGGUGAGAGGCAUACAAGAGCUGUGGAAAGCGGGAAGGAUAAGAGAAUCAUGGCAUGUGAGAUUGAUGAAGAGUCUGCUCUUCCCAUUACUAGGUCGGAUAAUGAAGCUGUAUUCCAAGAAGCUAAAGUGAAUGAGAUAGAUCUUGAAAGUAGAGCAGAUGUCAAUACUACAUGUUGCUUGGAUGAUGUCAAAUGGAGCAGCAGAUUAUUGUUGGAGCUUACGAGUGUUAAUGGUGCUUGUAAUGCUAUAAAUGACUGUCGUGUUGAAACUGUAAGAACUGAAACCAGGGAAGAACUGGUAAUUGAUUAUGGUAAAACGGAAGGAGAAGGCAUCAACCAUUUUCAGCGAAGUAAUGCUGUUUUUGAUACGCCACAAGAAAGAAACUUUAGGAGGAAUGAGCUGAAUUCUCUGGAUAAAGAGACAAUAACUACCCAUAUGAAAAAUCAGGCCGAGGUUUCAACUAGUGAGCUCUGUGUUCCCCUGAAGUUGUCAAAAGACCCAAAACCCUCCAAUAAGAUUAAGGUCACUACUGGUGUUGCUGUGUCUCCAAGACAGCAGACUCUUUGCCAGUCCCUAGAUCAAAGGAACGAUUGUAACCCUCCCAAAGAGAACCAGCACAGGAAAAAAGAUCAAAUGAAAAACUGCAUGGCACAAAAAUCAAAGCAGGCGUGCAAUGAUACUCAUACAAAAGAAAGAAAGAAGGAUUGUGCCCUUAAUGCUCCCAAGGAUUGGGGAUCCAAAGACUUUCCACGCUUUGAUUCUUAUAUUGUUGAAAAGGAAGAAGGCUCGGGUGGUUAUGGCACUGUUUACAGGGCAACGAGGAAACAUGACGGGACCACAGUUGCCAUCAAAUGCCCUCACGAGAAUGCUCGCAGACACCAUGUUAUCAAUGAACUAAGGAUGCUGGAGCGCUUUGGGGGCAAAAAUUUUGUAAUAAAAUAUGAAGGCUGUCUCAAGAACCAAGAUUCUGACUGCUUGGUUUUGGCAUAUGUUGAGCAUGACAGACCGGAGGUGUUGAGGAAGGAAAUAGAUGUUUUUCAGCUCCGUUGGUAUGGGUAUUGCAUGUUCAGAGCUCUUGCAACUCUUCAUAAGCAGGGAGUGGUCCAUAGGGAUGUAAAACCUGGCAACUUCCUUUUCUCUUGCAAGGCCAGUAAAGGUUAUCUGAUCGAUUUCAAUCUUGCCCUGGAUCUGCAUCAAAAGCUUGGAGCAAUUAACAAAUCGAAGGCGGAAAAUGACAUAAGCUUCAAUAAUGUUGCAGUUUCCAAUGCCAAAUAUAUUCCUCCAUCUAAAAGUAGGAGGUUCCCAGGCACUAAAUUCUUGGAUGCAGUUGACGUGGGGACGAUAAAAGGCUUGAACUCAACUUUGGAGGCCAAGAAUGGAAAAAGGAAGCCUGAUAGGACUAGUAUGAAAAGUCAGGGAGCAGAAGGCUCUGGCGUAACCUCAGUCAAGAAUGCAACCAGUGCUCGGACUCCUUCAGCAGAAAGGCUGAAAGAGCCUCUGCCAUGCCAUGGUAGAAAGGAGCUUAUCAGCUUGUUGCAUGAAGCAAUGCAGAGUCCAAAUCAUGAAGCAUCCAGUGUUCCGGCUUCUAUGAGGAAGAGGAUUGCUGCACCUCCUGGAAAAAUAGAUGGAAGACAUAUUUAUCUUACUCCAAUGCCUCUGCACUCGACUGACAUUGCAGUUGCUGGCAUUGGCUUAGUUAAUAACAAAGGGGAUGGGAAGAACAAGAAAGAAGGCCCUUGUGUUGGAACUAAAGGUUUUCGGGCUCCAGAGGUCUUGUUCAGAUCUAUCUAUCAAGGCCCCAAGGUUGAUAUUUGGUCUGCUGGGGUCACCUUAUUAUACCUGAUAAUAGGAAAAACGCCCUUUUAUGGUGAUCCAGAACAGAAUAUAAAGGAUAUAGCAAAGUUAAGAGGCAGCGAAGAUCUAUGGGAAAUUUCAAAGCUUCAUGACCGGGAAUCCUCAUUCCCAGUGGACCUGUAUAAUAUGCAAUCUUUGCCACCCACGACACUAUGGGAGUGGUGCAAGCUGAACUCAAAAAGACGAGAUUUCCUGGAUGCAGUGCCAAGCUCACUGAUUGACCUGGUGGACAAAUGCUUGACGGUGAACCCGAGAUUGAGGAUUAGUGCAGAGGAUGCCUUAAAGCAUGAGUUCUUGGCUCCAUGCCAUGAGAGCCUCCGAAAGCAGAAGCUGCUCAGGCAGGGACUCAGCUUGGAUUCUCGAACUAAUAAUAGUCCUUCACAUGGACAAAGCACUGCCAGACCUAUCAAAAUUUAUCAAAGGCAACCCUGAUCAGAUUAUGGAUGGGAUGUCUUUUUAACUUAAUCUGAUUUAGGUUAACCCUCUAUCCAUAGCUCUUUGAUAGGAUAUUUGCGUAUUUUACCGCUGUAAAUCAGUGAAUUUAUUACCCCUAUAAGCCAGUCCUUGCCGUCCUUUUUGCUCAUUAUAGAAUUUCUUAGGUGUGUUGUAACUAAAUUAAUUACAAGAAUGAAUACAUAAUUGUACAAAUGUGCUUUAUUUUCAGAGCAGAAACUAUGGCUGCUUGAUAA